AUGAGCUUAGAAAAGCAAACUGUUCACAGAGAGUCCAUAUUAGCAAGCAAACAUCUGAGGAAAAUGAAUCCUGGCUCAUAGUGACAAAGAGUGGAACCCAGAUGCCCUCAGGUCUUAGAAAUGAGUAGAAAAAGAAGAAAAAGCUACAAGGGCAGAAAGAGCUCUGAUUCCAGAGAAUAUGAACAGUUGUCAGUCACUUGUAAAUGCCAACAAAAUGUAGAAAAUCUUGAAAAUAAAGCAGAUGAGUCUUUGGCUUACUUUCCUGAGCCACUGGAAGUAAAGGGUUCUGAAGAAAAUGGGAAAGAUCAUGAAAUCAAGAAUCAGAGUAGCCCAGAUGCAUCUGAAGACAGAGAACUUGACAACGCCUCAGACACCGAAAAAGAAGGAAAGAAGGAAAAGAACUGCACUCCUCAAGUGUUCUCUCCUCAGCAAAAUGAAAUCCUAGCUACAGUAACUUUUGGCGAAUCAGAGGAUUCAUCCAUGGGAAAAAUUACAGUGUGGGGCAAACCAGACUCUGCAGAGUCUGCUAGCGUGGUUACUGGAAGAAUUAAUGCAGAAGUAAGUUAUGGCUCCUUUAAGGUGAAAGUCGAAAUUAAGAAUGUUUCUUUGUUUGAUUCUGGAACAAACCUUGUGACUGAGAAAAAGAAAUGUUCGAAGAACAGUAAACAUUGUCAUGAAAGACAGUACCAGGAAAGCCAGUGUUCAAGUUGUCCGAAGUACCAGAGUCCACCAGCUGACCACCUAGUAGUAGACAUUGGGGAAUAUAAGGAAUCCUUUGCACACAAAAUUCAAACUAUUGUCAACAAAAAUUCCUUCCUGAAAAUGGACAUUGAAGGAAAGAAUAUUAAAAUGGAGUAUACUAACAGAAAGAAAAACCUAAAAGUUAACAUCAAACCUGGAGAACAGGUGCAAAGGAAAACUUGCAACAGGGAACAUGAAGAUACAUACUGUAGUGAAACAGAUUAUUCUGUGAAAAAGGCACCUCUUAAUACAGAUUGUGAGACAUGUUUUUGCUUUCAUGAAAAAGAAGACACUGCAUUCCAGGAUGGAUACAUACUUCUCCCUCCACCUAAAGAAUUUGCUGACUGUGACAAAAUGCAUCUAGAUACUAUCACAGAGGGUGUGUCUUCAUACCCUGUUAAUGACAGAAAGGAAUCUGACAGCUUCUCCACAGCCUUGAGAAUUUGGGAGGGAGAAAAUUAUUUCAGUAAACAUAACAAAAACAAGUAUGAAGGCCACAACAAUGAAAAGGAAGAUUUCUCAAAGGAUAAAAUACUUUUCUCAAAAAUGAAUAAUGCAAACUGUCUUGUAGCUAGCAAUACCUUGAAUAAUUCAAAUGUUGGGAAGGAAUACACCAACAGGAAUAGUGCAGCAGGUCAAGAAAGAAAUAACAUUAACAAGUGCAAUGACACAGGUCAAAAACCAGCAAGAAGAAAGUCUUUCCCAGAUACUACCCUUGAUGUGACGUCACCAGUUCAUCCUAGGAGGGAUUCUGGCUUUUAUUCAUUGCCAUCCUUAUCCUUAAAAGUACUGCCUAAGGAGACGAAAGCAGAUAUCUGUUUCAAGAAUUCACUUGUUCAUACCAGCUGUACAGAACUUUCUAAAUGCCCUGACUUGACCUCAUCACUAAGAAGUUUGAAUGCUCUUAAGUCUUCAUAUCAGUAUGCUUUCACUUCAUUUGAUCAUAAUGUUACCAUUUAUCCAUCUGAACCUGAUGAAAGUCUAGGUGACACUUGUUUACUGAAUGACUAUGCAGACUAUGUGGAGCAAGGUGAGGAAAUAGAAGAAACAGUAAUGGAGAGUCUUCACUCCCUUGAAACCAUUAGCGAGAAGAAAGAAACUGAGUAUGCCGAGCCUCUGAGAAAUCUAGCCAUAUGGGAGGAAGAUAGUGAGUCUACUGAAGAUGCUUUAGAUGAAGAAACACCAGAGCACCAUCCAGAAAAGAAUCUAGAUUUGCAGAAUAAAGCUCAGCUCAUACAGGUCUUUCCACCUUGCAGAACUCCUUCAGGAGAAUUUUUUAGUGACAAGGAAAGGUCUGAUUAUGCUUCUACAGAGUGCAUUCCAAACCAACUUUCAGCCAUACAGCAGAAUGUUCAGCCACUCCCUGCAGAGAUUGAGGGGAUAAGGAAAAGAAGAGGAUCAGUAAUGACUGUAAUAACUGGAGAACUAGAACGACGAAUCAUUGUCCAAGGUGAUAAUAAAUUGGUACCUGAUCCCUUUGGCUCUGUGGUAAGAAAAGAGCCUAAUCUUUCCUGUAGUGUACAAGAAAAAUCUAUGCUUUCACACUUGAUAUUGGAUCUCAAGGAGCACAACAUAGAUAACGAAUUAGAAAGCUUUUCUGAAAUACAAGACAUAUCUGGGGAUACCCCUGUUGAAGCCAGUUGCCAUAAUGAUUCAGCCCAGACUGCCAUGUUAUCUACCUCUUCAGCAUAUUCAGAAAAUAAAGAAAAUUUCACAGAACACUCAUACAUCAAGGAAAGAACAGAGGAUGUUUGCAGCAAACAGUCAACUGAUGAUAGCAUAAAAACAGACACUGAAGCGCAUCAUCUACCUCAGUUAGUCAAAUCCAGCUCUGAUGAAGUUGAGAAAAAGAUUGAAAUGAAAGAAGUUCACCAGAAUACAGAUUCUCCCCCAUCAUCAGUAAAACAGAUUAGUCAGAAAGAUUUGAAAUCAGAAAUGAAUAAAAACAGAAAGCUACCUGUGCUGAAAGACACCAGAGCUAGCGAUAGCUCCCAGGAAGAAGCAAUAGAUCAGUGGGCCAGGAGACGGAAACAGUUCAAAGACAGCAAAAAAUGCAGUUCAACUGGAGGAAGCUCCAUAAACAGCACUAUCACUGAAGGAUCAAUAAAUUCAGAGGAUGCUCGGUCAGUAGAUCUGGGACUACAUUCUGAAAAUGAUGACAGAGGUUUCUAUACAGAAAACUUUCAUUCUGCUGCAUGGGUUUUCAGAGGAGAUGAUGUGUCUCCAGACAAUAGCCCUAGAUGUCUCAGCAAAAGACCUAGACCAGUGGCAAUUCGUGAAAGAACAGUGAAGAUUGCUAAAGGAACUGGAAAUUACCCUUGGGGAUUCCGGAUCCAGUUCUCAAAGCCUAUUCUUGUGACUGAAGUUGACACAAACAGUGCAGCUGAAGAAGCAGGGCUCCAAGUUGGGGAUAUUCUGAUAGCAGUCAACGGAACCGAUGUCACUAGCAUGCCACAUUCAGAAGCUGCCAAUCUGGCAAGGAAAGGCCCUGAUAUCCUAACUAUGGUGGUGGGAUCAGAUAUCAGCCGUUACCCUAACACUCCCAGGCCUACCUGCCGAGGAUAUUUGCACAAACGAACACAAUCAGCAAUAUUGAAGGGAUGGAGGAAGAGGUGGUUUGUGCUGAAGCAUAAUGGUUAUCUCCACUAUUACAAACACAAGAAGGAUGAAGGGAAGUGCAGACCCUUGGAAGUAACAAAGUUGGAAGGAGCAGAAAUUGGUGUUGACACGAGUCUGGGUAAACCCUUUGUUUUUAAGUGCAUACCUCAAAGUGGAAACAGGAUUUUCUACUUCUGUGCGACUUCUAACCAAGAAAUGAAGAGGUGGCUGGAGGCUAUGGAAAAAGCAGUACAUCCUGUCCAUCAGAACCACGUGUGGGUAGAUGUCACGCUGCAUAAUACUGCAUUGCCACCCUUAGCCAUCAAAAACCCAGAGUGCCUGGGGCUCCUCCACCAGCUGGACAGAAGCAAAGAUGCCUGGAUUCAACACUAUUGCAUUCUGAAGGAUGGCUGCUUGUACUUCUAUGCCACUCUCCGCUCCACACCUGCCCAAGGUGGCCUCUACCUUCAGGGAUAUAUUGUGAGUGAACAGUCUCUGGGAUCCAAGAGAUCAGUAAUUGAACUCAAACCUCCAUCUGAAGAAUUUAAAACUUUCUACUUAUGUGCCGAAAAUGUAAAUGAAAACAAAAGAUGGAUUACAGCUCUGAAGGCUUCAAUUAAUAAAUGGUUACCCCUACACCAGGCAAUCCAAGAUUUCAUGAACAGGCCACUGGAGGAGACGAGGAUGUGAGAAGAAAGAAUUUUUU